GGAAAGACAAACCCACUUCCCCCAAUUCCCGGUUCCCAAACCCUAAACUCUUGCACCAUCUUGCUGUGUUUUUCCCUCUCUUCCUCUCUCUCCCUUUUUCCGUCUCUCCGUCUCUCGUUUUCGUGUGGCAGUUGCAGCUCUCCCUUGGCUCCAAUCAGAAACCGAGGGAGUAACGAUGGCAUCGAGAGAACCAACCGUACUGCAAUUUUUCCCAUCAUCGACGAGCUUGUCUGCGAAGGUUCAUCCGGUGGUGAUAUUCAACAUCUGUGAUUGCUACGUCAGACGCCCAGAUCAAGCAGAACGAGUCAUUGGAACUCUACUUGGAUCGAUCUCUCCCGACGGAACAGUUGAGAUUCGCAACUCCUAUGCAGUUCCUCACAACGAGUCCUCUGAUCAGGUGGCAUUGGACAUUGAUUACCAUCACAACAUGUUGACAUCUCACCAAAAGGUGAAUCCAAAGGAAGUCAUUGUUGGAUGGUAUUCAACAGGCUUUGGAGUCUCUGGGGGCAGUGCACUAAUCCAUGAUUUCUAUUCAAGAGAAGUAGCAAACCCAGUUCAUUUAACUGUAGAUACGGGAUUCAGAAAUGGGGAGGCUUCCAUCAAAGCUUUUGUUUCUGUCAACUUGUCUCUUGGAGAUCGGCAGAUUGCUGCACAAUUUCAAGAAAUUCCUCUGGAUCUCCGGAUGAUUGAAGCUGAGCGAGUUGGAUUUGAUAUCCUAAAGACAACAAUGGUAGACAAAGUACCCAAUGAUUUGGAAGGAAUGGAAGCUUCGAUGGAGAGGCUUCUCGCACUGAUUGAUGACGUCUACAAAUACGUUGACAAUGUUGUGGAGAGGCGUGUUGCUCCAGACAAUAAAAUUGGAAGAUUCAUAUCUGAUACUGUAAACUCCAUACCGAAAAUAUCACCUGCAGCUUUUGAUAAGCUUGUAAAUGAUAGUCUACAGGACCAUCUGCUAUUGCUCUAUUUGUCGAGUCUUACAAGGACGCAACUGAGCCUUGCAGAGAAGUUGAACACAGCUGCUCAGAUCCUGUAGGUCAGACCCCGGUUGCUGUUGCUGUUGUUGACGGGGUUGUAUUUGUUAGUCAAAUGAUACUUAUUUAUCCUCUUGGACGAGUGUCAAUAUUGUUAUUUCUUUCGCGACAGUGGUUGUAAAUUUUGCUUUUUCUUUGUUCAUUCGGCAAAUAUUUUGCUUGAUUCCGGUGGGAAGUAGCAGUAUUGACCAUUGAGUUUAGUUGAGGCAUGUAGCUGAAGCUGAGUUGCAAACGGAAGCAUCCAACUUUGCGAGACAAAUUUAUCUAUCUAUGACUUGAAAUUGACAUUAAGACUGAAACUUCUUCAGUGGUUCCCUGUUCA